AUGUCAUCAAAUAGUCAAGAUCCGGUUUGCGGCUUCGAUGGGCAGCUCGAUGGGGACGAACAAGAUCCAAUCUGUGUCUGCGGAUUUUCCAUCAAAUUUCCACAAGAUGCUACAUCUCCGGAUGCUUUCUGGAAGAUGCUUGUCGAAAGGCGGUGCGCGAUGACCGAGUUUCCCAAAAAUCGGUUGAAUAUAGAAGGUUUUUACAAGAAGGAACGCACAAGAAAUACAUUCCCUGCACGCGGUGGGCACUUCAUCGCGGAGGAUAUCGAAGUCUUUGAUGCAGAUUUCUUCUCGUUGUCGCCUGCUGAAGUUAGUUCUAUCGACCCAAUGCAGAGAUGGCUUUUAGAGACAGCAUUUCAUGCUCUUGAAAACGCGGGCAUCCCCAUGGAGAAAGUCUCUGGUUCGGCCACGUCUGUGUAUGCCGGGUGCUUUGGAUCGGAUUACAUGAUUCAGCUUUACCGAGACGCCGAGACUCUUCCGGCGUAUGGGGCUGUUGGCAUCGGCUUAAGCAUGCUUGCGAAUAGGUUGAGUUGGUUUUUCAACCUCAAAGGUCCUAGUAUUACCAUGGAUUCGGCUUGUUCAAGCUCGCUCAUGGCAUUGGACAUCGCUUGUCAAGCGCUUCGGGGCGGGGCUUGCGAUAUGAGUAUAGUCGCCGGGACCAAUCUCACAUUCGCCCCAGAGAUUUUCACGGGGUUGUCAAAUAUAUCUUUUCUUUCGCCUGAUAGUAGGUGUUACUCUUUUGACCAUAGAGCCAACGGCUACGCUAGAGGAGAGGGCAUCGCCGUUGUAAUUCUCAAACGAUUGUCGGACGCUAUUCGUGAUGGAAACACCAUCCGAGCCGUGAUACGUGCUACUGGAUCCAACGAAGACGGUCGGACCUCCAACAUCACACAACCUAGUAGCGAAGCACAAGAGCAACUGAUAAGAGCGACUUACAAGCGAGCGAAGCUCUCGAUGGCACACACACGCUAUGUUGAGGCUCAUGGGACUGGGACGGCCACUGGAGACCCCCGUGAAGCUAACGCUAUUGGACUUUCUUUUCGAGAACACCGAUCGCAAUUAGACCCUGUCUAUAUAGGCGCGGUCAAGUCGAACAUAGGGCACCUUGAAGGGGCUAGUGGUUUAGCAGGUCUCAUAAAGGCGGUUCUUGUGCUGGAAAGGGGUACAAUACCUCCAAACACAAACUUUGAGAAGCUCAAUAGCCAAAUAGACUCUAAGUAUCUAAGAAUCACGUUUCCGGAGCAGUCACAUACUUGGCCAAUUCGUGGGCUUCGUAGGGCUUCUGUAAACUCUUUCGGGUACGGUGGCGCUAACUGCCAUGUCGUUCUCGAUGACGCAUACCACUACCUCCAUUUAAGAGGCUUAAAAGGGAAUCAUUGUACGACACUGACUUCUACAACCGCGAAUGACUCUCUCGCAGAUGAGGCGUCUGUUGCGCAAGAUACCAAUAUCCGGCUCUUUGUCUGGUCUGCUGCAGACUACGAUGGUCUAGCUCGAAUAACUGCUGAGUACGAAAACCACGACGCGCCAUAUUUCGACUCGCUAAAAGGGGAUCAAAAUUUCUUGUCGAACCUGGCAUAUACUCUGGACAGCCAUAGAAGUCAUUUGACCUGGAGAUCCUAUGCGUUGCUACGUUCUCCUAGCGAUAUAAAGAGCCUUGCGUCGCAAAUGUCUUCUCCCCAAGAAUCUUUUCCUAAAAUACCGCGUAUUGGUUUUGUUUUUACCGGACAAGGAGCACAAUGGUUUGCGAUGGGAAGAGAACUUACGAAAUACAUGUCCUUCCGAUUCGAGUUGGAGAGUGCUGAGCGGUACCUUAGAAGCAUAGGAUGCAAGUGGUCUGUGAGAGAGGAACUUGGCAGAAGCGAAAGCACUUCCAAGAUUGACGAUCCAGAGAUAAGCCAAGCUCUCACAACAGUACUUCAAGUAGCCCUCGUGAAACUUGUUAGAGGUUUCGGUCUUCGUCCAACCGCUGUGGUUGGGCACUCCUCUGGCGAAAUUGCCGCAGCAUUUGCCGGCGGUUAUAUAUCAUCUGAAUCCGCCUGGAAGUUGGCAUACCUUAGAGGCUUUUGUGCGGCUACAUUGAUUAACUUGUCUCAUGACGGUACCCGAGGUGCUAUGAUGGCGGUUGGUAUGCCAGAAAAUGACGCCAGUGGACUCCUUGAGGCCGCCAAAAAAGAAGGAAGAGACUUCGGAGUCUCUAUUGCUUGCGUUAAUAGCCCCCGCAGCGUGACCGUAGCUGGCGAAGAAGACCUAAUUGACAAGCUCAAGUUACGUCUUGAUGAACAAAAGGUCUUUGCCCGUAAAUUGCGGGUUGGCGUGGCAUAUCAUUCCGACCAGAUGAAGUCUGUUGCAUCUAAGCUGGAGUCCAUGAUUGGUUCGCUCAAUCUACCGCCUGAAUCUCAACGAUCGCCUAUGGUAUCUACCGUUACAGGCCAAUACGUAGCCACAGAUCGCCUCUGCGAGCCGUCGUACUGGGCCCUCAAUAUGACGUCACAAGUCCAAUUUUCUAAGGCCAUCGAGACCAUGUGCGCAUCGUCAGGGGAACUUGCUUCUCAAGUGGACCAUAUAGUAGAGAUAGGGCCUCAUGCCGCAUUACAGGGCCCGAUUCGUGAGACGUUGAAGGCCUAUGCACCUGAAAGCACUAUUGGAUAUAGUUCUUUCCUGAGGAGAAAUCAAUCUGCUGAUGAGUCUUUGCUGCAAGCAGUUGGGCAAUUGCACAGUAUAGGACUCCCGCUUGACCUGAGGGCUGUGAAUGAACCGACUGAAGGCCCCUCAGUUUCAAGGUCAUUGCUGACUUUCCUACCCGAAUACCCAUUCAACCACUCGAAACAUUACUGGCACGAAGGGCAACUAAGCCAAAAUUACCGUCACAGAACGCACGCACCCACGGAGCUUCUAGGGACACGCUCAAGAGAAUGGGAUUCUGCGGAGCCUAGAUGGUAUAACCACAUUCGCACAUCCGACACGCCUUGGUUAGAGCAGCAUGUCGUCGACGGGGCCAACCUUUUUCCGGCUUCAAGCAUGUUGGUAAUGGCCAUAGAAGCGGCCAGACAAAUACACGAGGCCCCUGAAUCCGUAGAGGGAUAUAUACUCCGAGAAGUGCAGAUUGAAGCCCCAGUGGAUUUGAGUUCCCAGAAGGGGCACGCAGUCGAAGUUCGGACGACGCUGCAAACUCUGCGUUCUGACGGUUACGACCAGCAGGCUUUUCGCUUUACUAUUUCUAGUAGGAGAGGGGGAGCAGACUGGUUGACCAAUUGCCAAGGUAUCGUCGCAAUUGAGGAAUCAGGCAGUCCAGACAGCUGGGCCCGGAAAAAGACUACGCUGAAACGCAAGAAGGCCUCUGAAAAUUUCUCGUCAAUGAUAGCGGAGUGCGCUUCGCUUGUCGAAUCGGAUCGUAUGUAUGACAUUUUGGAGCAAUGCGGGCUUCGAUACGGCCCUCUCUUCCGAAGGGCGCAAAAUCAAACAUUUCAUCACAAGAAAAAACACGCAUCUGCCCACAUCUCACUCUUCCAAGGAAUAGAGGAAGGACAUGUCGUCCAUCCUGCAUCCCUUGACGCUGUAUUCCAUUUGGCAUACACGGCGUUGACAUCUGGAGGGCGUGAGCCAAUUACAACCUGUGUACCCGCGCGUAUAGGUUCGCUCUGGGUUUCUAGCACAGGCCUCAGCUGGCCGGGCGAAGAGAGUGUACUGGCAUGCACAGACAUAACGGAGACAAAUCCUCGAGGCUUUCUCUGCCGGGGAGCUGCUCUAGCUGGGAAAGGCGGAUCGGAGCUUAGGUUGUGGUUUGAGGAUUUGGAGGUCAGGAAUGUAACCAAUAUCUCAAGCAACACGCCCGCAAGAUCCCGAUUAGAUCGAUUCUGUAUGUUCAUCAGCCAAAGGCCCGCACUUAACAUGCUCGAACCAAAGGAAAUUGAAUCCCUAUUGAAUCGCAUACACCCAGCUCGAAAGGAUGGAUCCACCUUUCCCCGGGACUUGCGGCGCAUGAUCAUCAUGUCACUGAAUAAUCUGCUGCAAAGCGUCAACGAAAGUAUGUGUAACGAGCUGUGGCAAAGAAAAUAUUUUACCUGGGCAAAGCAUCAUACUCAGCGCGCGCGACGGACGCAGGAAUCCGACUCAAAAUCGCAUGGAGCUCUUCUCGAAGAACCUUCUCUGGAAGAGCUUUCCGAGAAUCUUCGACGACAGAAUGAAUGCGGUGCGGUUUAUUCUACCGUCGCUCUCAAUCUUCUAGACAUAUUCCAAGGACGAAGCAGUCCGAUCGAGCUACUUUUCCAAAAUGACCUGCUUCGGAACUACUAUGAAGAAGCGGCAACUUAUAGGCCUGCACGAAUGAUAGCAAGCUACAUGGAUAUGCUCGCUCACCGGAGCCCAGGCCUCAGAAUAUUAGAGCUAGGUGGUGGUACAGGAUCCGGGACGCGGAACAUAAUUCAGUCUCUUCAUGCCCGUCAAGGAGAGCCCACACGCUCCCUUCGCUGUGAGAGGUACGACUUCACAGAUAUCUCUCCGGCUUUCCUGGAAACUGCUCGUGGAGAGUUUCCACGGUUCCACUCCCAGAUGACAUUCAAAGUACUAGACAUCGAACGUGACUUCACCGCUCAAGGAUUCCAGGCUGGACAAUAUGACGUGGUCAUUGCGGUCAGCACGCUCCACGUCGCAUCGAACUUAGCACAGACUCUAUUGAAUGUGCGCAAAACGUUAAAGCCAGGGGGUAAGUUAAUCAUACAGGAAUCCUUUGAAACUGAUGGGUGGAGCCUUGGGUUUAUCUUUGGCCUGUUCCCGGGUUGGUGGGCUGGGUCUGAAGAUAAUCGAUCGCUGUCCCCGAAUCUUGACCUCGAUGGUUGGGACACUGCUUUGAAAGAGUCUGGAUUCAGCGGAAACGAGCUUGUUCUCGAAGAUCGCGAUGAUGACCCUUUGUAUCAUUACGGCUGGAUUGUAUCAACGGCCAUUGAGUCCGAUUCCUAUCCCCCGAACGGCAAUUGCUUGGGUGUCAAUAAAGUUGUACUUGUCGUCAAUGACACAUCCGAGGCCCAGGAGAAAUUUGCGAAUGCACUCUUCCAGUCUCUCAAGAACUUCGUAGGACUUGAGCCGUCCUUAACCUCUUUGGACUCAUUAUCCGGCAGGGAAACUGUCAGCGAGGACGAGCUAUUUGUAUUUCUUGCAGAAUACAAGUUAGACUUUCUGGGCUACUUAGACGAACGCAGCUGGGCCCAGUUGCAGUCUCUCAUUGGUUGUUCUCAUCACCUACUCUGGGUAUUGACAGUAGGAGACCAGGAAAAACCGGGCACCGGGCUCAUUGACGGGCUCGUACGCACUCUCCGGCAAGAGGACAUUGGUCUUCACCUAGUCACGCUCGCCUUAGAUUCGGGGGGUCUGGAUGAUCGACAUAUGGCUUCUAAAGCCCCAUAUGAGCCUUAUGAACAAGAGUACCGCGAGGUAGAUGGCAUCCUGCACUCACGGCGUCUCGAAGAAGCGCAUGGACUCAGGUCAAUGAUGGAUACCGUAGACACACCCUUUGAAGUAGUACCGGCGAACGUCGAUGCCAGCAUCCGAUUUACAGUAUCCGAAACCCGUAAAGCCGAUGGAUUCGAGGCAUACCUUGCCGAAGACUGCACAACUAAAUCGGAGUUGCCCGACGACUGCGUCGAGGUCGCUGUAAAAUCAAUGAGGCUCCAGUCUCGAGGUCCUGCUGUUACGGAGUCGCAAGCUGAACCCGUCGGCCGAUUCUUUUCAGGGGUAGUCUCCAAGGCCGGCAAGCAUUCAGGAUUCAGCUCUCAUGAUCGCGUAUUCGCCGCCUGCCAAACAACAUUCCGCUCUCAUGUACAGGUACCACCCAAGUCAUUGGUAAAACUAUCGGCAGAUCAGACCUUCUCGCAAGUUGCAUCAGUUGUUCCCCCAGUAAUCAUAUCCUAUCACUUGCUUGUUCAAAUAGGUAACAUCCACGCCAAUAGCGCCGUGCUACUUCAUAGCAUCCCGGAAUCACUACGACUCGGGAUUCUUGCUAUUGUAACCAACCUAGGCGUAUCCAAUAUCUGGACAAUGGCUCAAGACGUGGAAGAAGCGGGUCAGAUUUCGGACGACAUGAAUAUUCCACAAGAACGUAUUCUCCCAAGGAAUUGGCUGACUGACCAACCCGCCCUUCUGUCGGAGUGGAGGACCAAGUUUGACUUAAUCUUGAUGAAUGAAGCGGAUCGAUCGCUCAUCAUGCGCUAUGUGAGUCCAGGUGGACGCUGUAUCGUUUUACGUCAAAAAGGUCACCUCUCCCUUUUCGAUGAUAGCCACAAUAUCGACCUAGCCUCCCAAAACGCUAGCAUACAUUUUGUAGAUUUCGACAAUAUCAAUUUGUCGACAGAGAUCCUUCGAGACGCUGUCGCGGUAGCUAUGGACCUGGGACUUAAACAGGAUAAAAAUACCGCAAUUAUGUCGGCGUCGGAUCUACCGUCUACUCUCGAACGCCUGCGAAAGGCGCCUUAUCAAGACGUUGUGGUUACUCUAGAAGAACCAUUCACUGCGAAUAUUGCAGUAGAAAAGAAACAUACACUUACACUAGACGCCGCAGCGACAUACUUGGUCGCGGGAGCGUUUGGCGGUAUAGGACGGGCCAUAGUGCGCUGGCUUGUGAAUCGGGGUGCUCGUCAUCUCAUCCUACUGUCCCGCUCUGGUCCUCAAACGGAGGAAGCCCAAAAACUCUUAAGUGAGAUAAGCACCGAGGGAGUUAAUGUAGAGGCACCAUGCUGCGAUGUGACCGAUGAAAGCGUGUUGCGUUUGGUUCUCAAGAGUUGCUCUGCGCGACUCCCGCAGGUAAAGGGUUGUAUUAUAACAGCCCUGGUCAUGACAGAAUCAAUCUUUGAGAACAUGAAGUUCCAUGAAUGGAAAACAGCUGUUGAUUCAAAGGCCAAAGCUUCGUGGAACCUACACACUGUACUCCCUAACGGUCUCGACUUCUUCGUCAUGACAUCCUCUGCGAUGGCCUUGUUAGGGAUGGGCUCGCUCGCCGGAUAUAACGCAGGUAACACGUUUCAAGACGAGCUUGCACGACUCCGGGUUUCCCAGGGAGAGCGCGCCGUUGCCCUCGAUUUGGGGGGUAUAUCCGACGUAGGCUACCUGACUAACCACCAGAAACGCAUGGAUAAAAUCGCACACGACAGAAAGCUAGUUAUGAUGCCCAUGGAUCUUGUCUGCGUGCUCUUGGAUAUCUACUGCGACCCGAAAAAUACGCAGCUAUCUCUGGAUGGCGACUAUUGCCAGCCCAUUUUUGGCAUAUUGCCACCUUCGGACUGGAAGCACAAUACGGAGAUACCACACACAAUGAUGCAGCCACUGUGGGGCCAUAUGCACCACCUACCCGCUCAGGGAGAUGAUACUGAAGGCAACCGAGACAUUGAUAAGACCAAAAGCAAGGGAACUUUGGAUACUGCAUCACGACUGGCUAUCGCGAAGACGUGCGAUGAAGCGGCCGAUAUCGUGAGCGGGGCCCUAGCGCAACGAGUCUCGGCGUUAUUAGGCAUCGCCAAUGAUGGCCUGGAUCAACACAACCCAAUCUAUACCUAUGGGAUUGACUCUCUUUCCGCGAUUGAUUUGCGAAAUUGGAUAGCAAAAGUGUUUGCAGUAGACGUUCCUGUCUUUGAUAUCUUGGGAAGGGCGACUUUCGCAAGCGUAGGCAUGGAAAUUGCUAAGAAGAUUGAUGGUAAGAUGAAAUAA